GACCUUCAGGCAUAGAAUUAUGGUAGUUCAUUUUUAAAGGGUAGAAAAGUAAUUUCAUCUUCCUUAUCUCUUCUAGGUUCUUCUUCUCCGUAACAGAUAGGAGACUUAGCACUGGCUGUUGUUGUAGUUGUGGGUUUUACAUUUUGCCCUUAUUAACUAUUGUAACGAAAUCCAAUUUUUCUUUUAAGACAUAUAUCAUCUCUCAGAAGACUCAAAGUCAUUGAUCUGGUUAAAAGUGGGAUUAUUUUUGGGUUCUAAUGAUGUCAAUUCCUUCACCUUCUCAUAUGGGUACUCCCCCUCAGUCUGAGAACCCUCAUAUGGAUACUACUCCUCCUCUUGAUAACCCCCAUGACAUGGGUAGUUCACACAUAGAUAUUCAACAAGAUCUCAACUCUCAUAUGGAUACUCCCCCUCAUACUGAAAACCCUAAUGAUAUGGGCAGUCCACAUAUAGAUAUUCAUCAAGAUCUGUUUCCAGAUUACUAUGGUGGAACAGCUUCUGCUCCGGCUCCGGCUUCUGCCCUGGAUUCUGCUCCGUCUGAGCCAAAACUUGAAUUUGAGGGAAAUGAUAACCAUAAUGGAAAUAAUGAUAGUGCUCCUGUAAUUAAAGAUAAUAAUUCCCCUCCACCAGUUCCACCUGGUAGUAGUGGGGAAGGAUUACCUUAUGCUCCUAUACAUUGGCCAAAUGCUGGUGAUAUUUGGACCUGGAAAGUGGGGAGGAGAGUCAACAGUGCUGGCUUCUAUGGUGAUAGAUUUCUCCAUCUUCCCGAAAGUCUUCGAAAGGCAAAUAGUCCAAAAGUCUUUGCGAGCAAGCCAGCACUUGAACGUUUUAUCCGGUUGAAUUUCCCAGAUGCAGAUGUUAAUGCGUUCUUUGCUUCAUUUGUUUGGAAGAUCCCUGCCGUUGUGGAAUCUCCUUCUAAAGUGGCAGCAGCGCCUGCAGCACCAGCAGAAGGAACAGAAGAUGAUAAGCAAGAAAGUGACACAAAAGGUCUCCGUAGAACCCAAAGGAAGAGGGCUCCCCCUCCUCCCCCAUUCAGUACUCCGAGUUCCAUCGAAGCACCAGCAGCGCCAGAAGAAGGAACGGAAGAUGUUAAACAAGAAAGUAACUCAAAAACUCCCCGUAGAACCCAAAGGAAGAGGGCUCCCCCGGCUCCCCCAGUGAGUACUCCGAAUUCCAGUGAUGGUAAAAAAAUGCAGAAGAAUAGUAAAGGAUCAGCCAAAACUAAGCGACCAACUCGCCAGCGCGGUAAAGAGUCUGCCCCACCCCCAGCUGAAACUGAAGAUACGAAUAGCGGUCUUGAUUUGUCUUUCUUAGACAAUGAAACGGGAAGAGCGGAAUUCGACAACUACCUCAGUUCUUUGGAUGAAAUCCUUGCUCAGCCUUUCUCCGAAGAACCAUUUUCCCAUCCAGCAGAGAUGCAAAACUCGUUUGCAGGAGACAGCGAAAUGGCUGAAGCUCGAAGGAAACUAUCUUCCCUUCUCGAUAUGGAUUUCCCUUCAUUGAUUUGCUUCAAAGACCUUGAAGAACUUGCGAGUCUAGCAUCCAAACUCCGAAAAGACCCCACUCUUACCGCCGAGCAACUCGUGAAGCUGAAGUUAAUAGAAGAGAUCCCAUCAUUUUGCGAGGUGUUCCUCGAAAACAGGGAAGUAAUGGAACAGGCAGAUAAGUUCUUUAGAGGCCUUGACGACAACAGGGCCAAGGUCUCUUCCCUGAAACAAGAAUACAGCGAGUUAAAACAACAGGUAACAAACCUAGAGUCUGAGGUAGAUUCGAACACAAUGACUGUGCAAGAUAUCGACAACCAGAUAGCACAGCUCAAAGCACAUCGAGCCGAGCUCACGAAACUGAUAGACAAAAAGAAAAGAGACAAGGAUGAAUUGACAUAUAACCAAAAGUUGGUGGCAAACUCGAUACCGAAAGUGGUGCAUGAGGUUCAGCUGGCUAAUGCUAAAAAACCAGAAUGGGAGCUAAAGAAGGAAAAUGCAUUAAAGCGUGAAGGUGAAAUACUAGCUAAAUUUGCUCCUUUAAAAGGGUUUUCCCUUUGAAAGAAAUUAUGUGUUAUCAUAUCAUUGUCUGUUGGUAAUAUCUUGAACACCAUAGGUAUGGGACUAGUUUUAAAUUUAUUUAGUGAUAAUAAAAAAAAAACAGUGGUAGCUUUGCUGAGACUGCAAUUUGGUAGUGUAUUGCUUUUGAGGAUUGUUGUAACUUAGUAACUUUGGCUAGUGCACCCUUUGUACUUUUGAACCGUCAAAACUCGUAAUUACUGUUUCUAGUUUUAACUUUUUGUAAUAAUGUUAAUGACAAAUUAUUUGGUCCAAUAA